AUAUAGAAUAAUAAAGAGCAGCAAAGCAACAGCAGAAAACGAAGUAUAUAUUCACUGGGUAGGUGAAUGACCAAAACUGCUAUGCUAAGGAACUAAAUCAGGCAAUCAGAGGACAAAGAAAACAUGAGCAGUAGAAGCAACAAUUUCAGAGCCACUUCAGGGAAUUGGGAGACUGGAAGGGACUAUGGUGCCUAUACUUCUAACCAUGAUGAACUGAACCGUGUCAACCCCAUGUUUUCUAGGUCCCGUUCCAUACGAGUUACUCCUGAAGUAGGAGCAGGCAUGCUAGAUCGAAGACCAUCAUUUGUGGAAAGAAGUAUAACAGGUCCCUAUGGCUUAGCGAGUGUUCCAGGAACAAAUCUCUCUUCAUUGCAAAUUUUAGUCCUAGACAAUAACACAGCAAGGGAAGCGUACCCCAGGCCCAGACAAGUCAUGACAGAAUCCCCUCCAGCAUUCACAAGCCAGCGGAAUAUGCAGGUCCCUAGAGUGCAAGAGGACUCUAGAGUAACCCAAAAUGAGAACAAGCUCAAGAGAGAAAUCUAUAAUCCUGGUCCAAAGAGAUUAUCAAGGAGAGUGAGCUUGUAUUACAGAGACAGACUGGCCAAAGAUUCUUUGGAUAAGGUGGAAAAAGAGGUAGAUGAAGAAGGUAAAAGGUGUGCUAUUUGCUUGGAUGAUUUUGAUGCAGGACAAGAGGUAAUGCUAACCCCCUGCAACCACAUGUUCCAUGAGGACUGCAUCACACCAUGGAUGAAGAGCCAUAGUCAGUGCCCCGUUUGUCGCUAUGAAUUUGGCGAGCAAACGAGAGAGCAUUCAUCAGACUUUAACAACAAUAACAUUGCAAGUGAUCUUAUUACAAGAGAGCUUCUUUCAAUAGCCAGGGCAAUGGAGGAAGCUUUUCUAUGGGGCAGUGGUCCCCGCUAAGAUGCCAACUCUGAAACCUUAGCAACAAAUAUAUUUCUUCUUUUUUCUUUUUUCAUUUUUGAGCCAAGGAAAGUUUGGAAGAGAGCCUAUAAACCAAGUUCCAAGUUUGUGUAUGAUGAAGAACUUACAUAGCAAUCCACACGAUAAUAAAUAUUGUGUGGUUAUAAUAGUUCUUGAUGAUCCAUAAUUCCAUUCAUGUACUUAUGAGCUGCAAAGAAGUUGAAAACGGUUGCAGCCGAGCAACUAGUAAAACAUUUUGUGGGAAGAUUAAAGUAUGAUUUGAAUGAUUUCACAGCAAAGCAAUACAUAGAAAGCAAGCAAAGAACCCAGAUGUGAACAGGAUUAUGGUUACCCCAUCUACAAUUUUAAAUUGAAAGCGAAUUUCCUGAACCAAAUUUAAGCAAAAUACUGAAGAUUAAAAUUAGCCACAAAGUCUACAAUUCAACCAACUUUGGAGGAAAAUCUCAUUUAUUUGAUUUCUUCAUUGGUGAAAGGUUUCCAUGAGUGCUCAUAACAAAUUGUUCAUGUAUGCCACGGACUUGUAGUUGUAACUUGUAAGUAAUAGCCUGCCGCUAUCCUUCUUGUGUUUUAGCACAUUGUUGUAGCUUGC